GGAUGACUACCCAUUUGACGACGUGUACCCGGUCUGUACAAGUAGUCGGGUACCUAUCGUUCCUCAGACUUAGCUUGCAAAACCCUAAGUAAGCGUUAUCAUGGGAGGAUCGCAGAGUGUGGAGAUACCUGGCGGUGGCUCAGAGGGCUACCACGUCCUCCGUGUUCAGGAGAAUUCCCCAGGUCACCGAGCAGGACUGGAACCUUUUUUUGACUUCAUUGUCUCCAUCAACAACACCCGCCUGAACAAAGACAAUGACACCUUGAAGGACCUUCUGAAAGCCAGUGUGGAGAAACCAGCCAAGAUGUUAGUUUACUCCUCAAAGACUUUGGAGCUGAGGGAGUCCACAGUCACACCCAGCAACCUGUGGGGUGGUCAGGGUUUGCUCGGGGUCUCCAUUCGCUUCUGCAGCUUUGAAGGUGCCAAUGAGAACGUCUGGCACGUGCUGGAAGUGGAGCCAAAUUCACCCGCAGCUCUCGCUGGUUUGAGACCACACACUGACUACAUCAUUGGAGCCGACACUGUUAUGAAUGAGUCCGAGGACUUGUUCUCAUUGAUCGAGAGCCACGAGGGGAAGGGACUGAAGCUCUACGUGUACAACACAGAUACUGACAACUGCAGAGAGGUGGUCAUUACACCCAACAGUGUCUGGGGAGGAGAGGGAAGCCUUGGAUGCGGGAUUGGCUAUGGAUACCUGCACAGGAUUCCAACACGACCUUUUGAGGAGGGAAAGAAGUUCAGCUUUCCAGGGAAUGCUUCUGGAGGGCCCGUCAGUCCGUUGAAGGAUGGAUUCACUGAGGUCCAGUUAUCAGCAGUGACCCCGCCUCCUACUGCCCCCACUAUCCCCUCUGGCCUCGAAGACUCGCUGUCAGGCCUGUCAAUCAGUACAGCCCCGCCCACCAUGCCGAGCGAACUGCAGACCGGUUUGCCCACAGUUCCCCUGCUGCCCUCCUCCAAUCCGACCCUCAGCCCCUUCGCCCCCCUCAAUCCUGCCACAGCCACCUUCAACCCCGCCACCACACUACCAGGCUUGAUGCCACUCCCAGCUGGUUUACCUCCAUUGCCCAAUCUUCCCAAUCUCAACCUUACGCUCCCGGACCUUGGCACCAUCUCACUAGCGAGCACUGGCACCUUAAUGCCAGGCGGAACCAAGGUUCCCCCGCUGACAGCGCCCCUGAACAUACCUGGCCUGGCCCCUCUGCCCCCUUUGCCCACCAUGCUGCCCUCCCAGCUGACUCCCCUCCUGCCUCAGGGCAUGGCUCCCAUGCUGCCCACUUCCACGACCGUCGCCCCUUCGGCCUCUGUCACCAUGACGCCUGUCGUGGCGUCUGUCGGCGAUGUCACUAUCCCCACGGAACUGCCACUUCUUUCGGAGACAACACUAACGUCCUCGUAACCUAGGAAUGUAUCUCUCUCAACCCAUCGAACCAAAACAAACACGCGGUUUCUCUUUCCUUUCCCGUCUGUUAUUCUCAGUUUAGUUUUCUAUUUAUUUGGCCAAGAGGGACAGGCUAAAACCUGGUCAGAUAUUCCAGGUGUGCGGGAGGUAUAUGAAGAACGCGUCUUCAUUAACAGAUUGUUUUGUUGCAGUGGAGCAGGUCGCACUGCAGCUUGCCUUCAAUAACACUUUGGCAUGUUCCUUUAUUCACCUUUCUGCUGUUACCUUUUUCUGUUUAAGAAUGUUCCAUUGUUCCAGAAUUGACUGAAAGAUUCAUUCAAACACUUUUUUAUAUACCCUAUAAGCAAACAAGGCUUUCAUAAUCAUUAAUCAUACAUCCGGCCUAACAUAGAAAAGAGAACCUGCACUGUUGUACUAACCAAUCUUGAAUCUAUAAAAUGAAUCUAUAAAAUGCUGAAUAAUAAAUAACCUGUCUAGCCUUGUA